CACAGGAAGUGGAUCCGCUCUUCCUGUGUUAUUGUCACCAACGUUACACACUAAUGUAGCCAGUUCAGUGCAAACGUAAAGCUUACAUGUUUAUAUAGCAGCGUUGGGGCUGAAUCGCCGAAGUUUCACCGCGCAACAAGGAGACGAACACCUAAUGGUGACGAUAUGAAGAUAAAACCUGCCAAGAACAGAGCCAAGAGAGGAGAGAAACCACACGAUGUGGACGGGGUUAAAACUGAGCUGGAGGAUGAGGAGGGCUCUCGUGGAGGUGGUCUUAACAUCCAAAUCAAGGAGGAACCACUGUCACAGGAGAUCAGCGAGGCGCACAAUGGAGACUCAUCCAGCUGUUUAGACACUAAGCCCGACACCGCUGCGUUCAGGUCAGACGUGGAGCAUCAACAGGGAGGCGUAAAGGAGGAGUGUGACUCAGACCAGCAGCCAGAAUGUGAAGCUGCUGUGAAGGAGGAGUCCGAGUCAUGGAUUAAAGAAGAGAGAGGCGACGAGCAGGAGGCGACAGACAACAUCCAGGAAGACCAUGGGGAGGGAGAGGAGGUCUGCACAGAGUCAUCAUCUGACUUCUAUCCGUGUCCUCACUGCACCGUCUCCUUUACUGACUUGGACUUCUUGGAGAAGCAUGUCAAGUGGGUCCAUCAGAAAGAAUAUCUUGCCAAGCUGAAAAAAUGCCUCUCAAGCCACACACUAAACCUGAUCCCUAAACACGCCUGCACCGUCUGCAGCAGCACCUUUAAAUCCAAAGUACACCUUCGGGUCCAUGUCCGUGAAGCCCACCCUUCUGCCCCUCCCCGCAGACUUCACCCCUGUCCAACCUGUGCACGCAGCUUCCAGUACCUGAAGAACCUGAAGAACCACUGUCAGCGUUGGCACAACAUGUCAGUGGUUGCCGGAGGGGGGUUCCUAAGCUGCGCCGACUGUGGGAAGAGUUUCAAAGCCACCUGGGGUCAAGGGCCUCAUUUGUGUCAUGAACCGCUUAGCACAGAGUCUGAGGAUAAGCCCAUCUGUCUGGACGUCGGUGUGCAGUGUCCAGAAUGUGGCAAGAAGAUGGGCACACCUCAAAGCCUGGAGGAUCACAUGCGCACUCAUACAGGGGACAGGCCGUUUGUCUGCAAGGAUUGUGGCAGGAGGUUCGUGGAGCGCAGCGGUUGGCGGCAACACAUGAAAAUACACACGGGGGAGAAGCCGUACAAGUGCCAGGUGUGCGGGAAGGCCUUUUUAAGAUCGCACCACCUCAAGUGCCACUUAACCACACACUCCGGCAAGAAGGAAUAUUCUUGCUCUGAAUGUGGGAAGGAGUUUGGAUUCAAGUCGAGUCUGGAUCUCCACCUGAGGACGCACUCCAGUGAGAAACCCUUCCACUGCAAUGUGUGCGGGAAGAACUUUAACACCCAGAGAAACCUGAGGGUUCACACCAAACUCCACACCAAAGAGAAAGCUCACCAGUGCGGGGACUGUGGGCUGAAGAUCGGAGAUCUCGGGGCUUUGAAAAUCCACCUGCGCACGCACACCGGAGAAAGGCCUUACCACUGCACAGUGUGCGGCAAUAGGUUCAUCCGCCUCGCACAUCUGCGAAACCACCAGCGCACCCACACUGGCGAGAGACCCUACAAAUGCAACGAAUGCGACAAGAGCUUCACUCAGUCUGGCGACCUGGUGAAGCACAAGAGGAGCCACUCUGGGGAAAAGCCCUAUGAGUGCCCAGACUGCCACAACUGUUACACCUCCUCUGGGGAUCUGGGCAAGCACCGGAGGAGUCACACUAACCUGCGUCCCUACACUUGUCAGGAAUGCGAGAAAAGCUUCCGUUUGUCAGGCCAUUUGAAAACACAUAUGUUAACUCACACGGGGGAGAAGCCAUAUUCGUGCCCCAACUGCCUCCGCAGGUUCGCUCGCUCGCACCAUCUUUCUGGGCACGUGGCUAAAUGUCGCUGAGCUUUCAUGAGAGACCUGUAAAUAAGCUGUGGUAGCUAUUGGAAGCUAUAUACAGCCUUCUACCAAGCUAGUGAAUGUGCUAAAGUAAAAAUCUGUGACUGUAUAUGAUUAUUUAUAUGAACUUUCUGUAACACUCUAAACUUCAUGUUUGUUAUCGCAUGGAACAUUUUUUUUUUUUUAAACACUAUCCCGUCACGGAGGCUUGAGAUCAUAGUACGAGGCAGAGUUCAGAUGGAAAACUAAAUAAUGAAUUGAAAUGUUCCCCCACAGAAUAGAUCACUGCUGUAGUAUUUGUGGUAAUGUUAUAAAUUAUUUGAUGAAUGCAUGAACACUGUGUGUGAUGAUAGUGUACUUUGUGUUACUGGGAGAGGCCACAUUUUUUUGAGGCAUUUGUGCACAAUUGGAAAAACUGGAGAUGUGGCUUGUAAAAAUGUAAAAAGAAAAAAACAAAAAACAGAUUGCUGACUUUAAUGGGUGUUUUUGACAAAUCUGAGACAGUUCUUUGAAGUAAGAUUUAAAAAAAAAUGAAGCUUAGUAACACUGAAGAGUAAAACGUUGGAAUGGGGACUCCGGUAAAAGGAGCUUUUUGAUGGUUGAUGAAUUGUGAUUGUCCCACUCCCCUUCACAUUAAACAUGAAUGAACCCCUUA